GGGUCUUCUGCCUGUAAACGGUGCCACGGGUUAUUAAUAUAUAGCGCCUUUCAUCCCAAACGACCGCACUGCGCUUUUACAUACAGAAGGAAAUUUCUCCAGCGAGGCGAUAGACGAGGCAGGCACUCCAUUAAAAAAAAAAGAUAAGUCAUUUACAGCGUUACUAUCCUCGAUAAAGAGUGGAAAAAAAUAAUUGAAAAACGGGCAGCUUCCCUAUGGCACGGAGCCAGGCGGUACUCUGUGGGGGGAGAGUCAAUUAGCAAGCGUAGGCCGCAGAAUCCCCAGCCUCGAUUAAUUGACACCCCUGGGCGUUGAGCUAGUGUCCCAGCGGAACGGAACAAGCGAAAGAAUCCCCCUUUGUUUUCUUUCGUUUCCUGCAAGAGCGAGUGACUUUUUUGUGUUAUUUUUUGUUCCGUUUUCGUUUGUUUUUUUUCCCCCACGUAUUGAAAGAGCAAUUGCAAUUAAUUAUUCCUUUAUUCGUUAUAAUUUUUUGUCAUCUUUUUUUUUAGGACUGUACCCGGGGGACCGGGCUUCGCAUACGAUUAUUACGAUGAUGAUUACUUACUCGCACAACUUCAGAACAAGAAACUGUCACAGGGAAGGAGGGAGGGGGCUGCGGGUGUCUUAGCAUCGUGCCCUUUACCGCUGCCUCCCUCUGCCUCUCCGCGUUUCAGUAAUGGCACGGAGAGUUAAUGAUUUAAACCUUUUCUUAAAAGCGUGGUAAAUCGCCAUGAAGGCCCAGCCGAGCAAAAUAAAAACAAACUGGCAAGCAGAGCAGCCGUCUCUCGUACGUAUCGGGAAAGCACCUGGGGCGAGAGAGAGCGAAACACCGCGGUUUGGUCAACAGACAUCUUGUCAACAAGCUGACGGGCGCCGCGCAGGGUAAAAGUGGUUUGGGGGUUUCAGAGUCUGCCCUGCGGCUGGCUCGGAUCUUUCUGCGCGGGGGGGGUGACAGUCAGAGGAGAGUCGGAGCUGAAACAAGACUUCGAGGAGUUUUCUUCAGCUGGAAAACUUCUCGGAGCCCCCCUAGGGAAGACGCAAACCAUCCCCAGCACGCACUGCGCGGCCGUGAGCGCUCAGAUGCGGGUGAGUCGCAGCAGAAUAGCAAUUAGAGAGAGCAGAGCGACUGCAAAACGCGGAGCAUUGACGAGGAGUGAGGCGAUCCGCAGCACAAAGGCAGGGCGGCCUACUUCUCCCAGGAGCCCAAGGACCAGGUGGUGGUGUCGGGCCAGUCGGUCACUCUGCCCUGCGUGAUCGUGGGGUACCGCGGGAUGGUGCAGUGGACCAAGGACGGGCUGGCGCUGGGCGGGGAGAGAGACCUGCCAGGCUGGGAGCGGUACUCCAUCAUGGGCGACGCCUCGACGGGGGAACACAGCCUCUUCAUCGACUCGGCCGAGCUGGGGGACGACGCUGUGUAUGAGUGCCAGGCCACACAGGCGGCACUGCGCUCCCACCGCGCCAAGCUCACCGUGCUGGUGCCCCCGGGGGACCCCGUGGUGGAGGGCGGCCCGGUGGUGAAGCUCAAGGCCCACGCGCCCCACAACCUCACCUGCCGGGCCGCGGGCGCCAAGCCCGCCGCCGAGAUCGCCUGGUACCGGGACGGGGAGCUGCAGGAGUCCGCCGUCUACUCCAAGAGUGUCAUGGAGGAUGGGAAGAGGGAGACGGCUGUGAGCAUGCUCCUGGUCACCCCGGAAGACAAGGACACCGGUCGCACCUUCACCUGUCGCGUCACGAACCCGGCCGCGCCUGCUGGGAAGCAAAUCUCUGUGGCCCUCAACGUGCAGCACCCCCCGUCUGUCACCCUGUCUGUACAGCCGCAGACGGUCAUGGAGGGAUCAAAAGUCCUUUUCCUCUGUUCUGCUUCUGCCAAUCCAGAAAUCACGGGAUACAGGUGGGCGAAAGGCGGGGUCCCGAUUUCAGAGGCCAAUGGGGACAGCCUGGAGGUGACUGUGGACCACACCUACUUCACCGACCCUGUGUCCUGCGAGGUGUCCAACUCUGUGGGCAGCACCAAUGUCAGCACGCUAGUGGACGUGCAGUUUGGCCCCAGGCUGCUGUCCGAGCCCAGACCGCUGGUGGUGGACAUCGGGAUGGACGCGGCCUUCACCUGCUCCUGGACGGGAAACCCGCCCCUCACCCUGGCCUGGACCAAAGUGGGCUCCAGCGUGGUCCUCAGCAAUGGCAACACUCUGCAGCUGAAGGCCGUCACCCAGGAGGACGCUGGCACCUACUCCUGCAAGGCCAUCGUGCCACGCAUCGGCGUCGCCGAGAAGGAGGUCACGCUCACCGUCAACGGCCCGCCCAUCAUCACCGCCGACGCCACGCAGCACGCAGCCAAGAACACCAAGGGCAAGCUGGAGUGCCUGGUGGGCAGCAGCCCUCCCCCUGACAAGAUUGUCUGGUCUUUCGGGGAGACCACCCUGGCCUCCGGCACAUCGGGGCGCUUCUCGGUCACCACGGUGACGACGGACCGCGGCACGCUCUCCUCGCUGGUGAUCGCCGAGACGCUGCCCGAGGACUUCGCCCUACGCUACAACUGCACCGCCUGGAACCGGUUCGGCACGGGCACCGUGUUGGUCACCCUCAAGGAGCAAGAAGCGCUCCCCCUGGUGAUCAUCGUGGGCGCUGCAGUCGGGGGCGGCUGCGUGCUCCUCAUCUUCCUCAUCACUGUGGUCUCCCUGUGCUGCAGGAAUUCUGGGAAAGGCAAGAAAAGUGCCCGUUUGUCCAAGAGUGACAUUAGGGUUCAGAUCGUGCACAGCGACCACAAUGCCGCGCGAGCCAACGAGGACGAAGAGGACGUCAAAGAGCCAAUGGCUCCUAACAGUGAGUCUCCCGGGACGUCCCGCACGGAGCACAGCGAUCUCCUGGAAGAGGAAGAGGACGAGCGCUCGGAUAUCAAGGACCCGACCAACGGCUACUACAACGUGCGCACGCACGAGGACCGCCACCUGCGCAGCGGCUUCUCCGAGUACGUGCCCGCCGCGCGCCCGGUCUACACGCCCUCACAGCUGCCCUCGCCCAGCCCCCUGUACGGCCAGCCGCGCGUCUACGACUACAGCUCCCGCUACGGCACGGCCAGCGGGGGGCGCCCCAGCUACGAGCCGCCGCCGCCGCCACCGGAGCGCGCCUACGCCCCCGAGGCCCUGUACCCGGGCUCGGCCUACCUCCCGGCCACCUACGGGCGCGCCUUCACCAGCUACGUCAAGCCCUCGGCCUACGAGAAGGUGGAGGCCUACGAGCACUCGGACCAGGCCAGCAAGGCGUCCAGCUCCUCGCGCUUCUCCUACGCCUCCUCGCACGAGUACGGGCGGCCGCUGCACCAGCGCAUGCAGACGCACGUGUGACCCGCGGCCAGCGCUCUCUGAGUUGCCCCUCAGGCAGGACCCCUCUGGACACACCAGACACACCGGCCGCCACCCCCCACCCUGCAGACCUGCUUCUCUCUUUUUCCCCUUGUGACGUUGGUACGUGUGACGUCAGACGCACGCAAACGCCUCACGUCGAGCGUCAUGUCCUGGGAGCGGCGGACUCGCUGGCGGGGGCGGGGCCAGGGCGCACGCUCCCACGCGUGUCUGCGGCGGACCUGACAGCGGUUGUCUGGCUCGCGGGGUAUGGCGGGGACCGAUUCUUUCGGCGUUUACAAGGACCUUUUCACUGGAUCUUACACAACUGUAAAUGUAUAUGUUGCGUCUUUGUCUUCGGCGUCUGUGGGAAUGCCAGCGGUUUUGUUAAGCACACGCGUGGACGCCGGUGUCCUCAUCGUCGCCGGCCGGCCAGCUGGCACCGCCGUGGCGGGGACUCGGAACGGAAAAACCCAGGAACAAUCCCCGUGGGAACACAGCUCGGGUUUCUGGAUUAUAAAUUCAGCGGGAUCCUUUCUUUCAGAAAUGCACGAUUUUUUUUCUCUUGUUGAAAGUCGUCUGUUUUUCCAAGCGGCAUGCGAGAGCAGCGGGACGGGUCCGCCCGGAGGGAAGCGGAGGUGACCCCCCCCCUCUCCAAGCCCUGAGUGUUGGGGGGGGUAGCAGAGGUGGUAUUUCAUAGCCAAAGCGGGAGGCGAGAGGUGGGACUGCAGCGUACAAUCCUGGAAGAGGGGCGGGUCCUCUGGGGUACACGACGCUGGCUGUGUUCCCGGCGGGAGGUGCUGUUCGUGUGGCGGGUCAGUGCAGGAGCCCCGUGUUGUAACUCAUUCCUGGUCAGCGGGGGGGGCUGUGUCCUGUCGCGCGAGGUACUCCCCCCCCUGACUCUACUGACUCUAGCCACGCGGGCCUGUUCACCCCCCCCCACACACACACACACACACACACACGUGCGUGCACCUCCCCCAGUGCCAAAGCAAAAUUAAACAAACUGCCCGGCCGCCUGCGGCGAGGGUGACGUCGGCGAGCCCGGGGAGGGUGGGGUCAGGCACAGGGGGAGCGGGCUGCGCCCUGACCCGCACGCGGAGUCGGGGGGGACCCCUCUGUCGGUCCUAAGGACUGGGACUGAGCUCCGCGGACGCACACUGCCGCUCUUCCGGACUGCGGCCGGAACCAUGAAGGUAGAAACCAUUGCUUGUCUUAUUUUUAUAUUUUAUAUAAGCCUUAACGUACAGCUUAUUAAGCUGCUGUUGUAAAUUAUCUUUAUGUAUAAUACAUAUCGGUAUAUAUGAAUACCUAUAUAUCUGUUCUGAUUUCCCCUCCACACUGUUCCCCACUCCACCCUCCACAGAAGGAGAAAAGAGCAAGCUUCCAGCGCACAGCCAAUAAUCGUUUUUCGUUUUUUAAAGAAAAUGUACCAAGAAGUUUAUUUGCUAAAGGAUUUAUCGUCGCCUGUAUCUUUGUACACAUAUUUAUAUUUAAUAAAACUAUUUGAGAUAAAAGCAGCUGGCUGGCGUGGAGUUAUUGUGACGGGACCCCUGGACAGGACACGGACACUAGGCCAAACCUGGGAGGAACGCGCUGACUCCACACAGACCGCAGCGCUGCUCCUGCCCCGGGUCGCACUCCAACACAAAAGCCCUGGAGAUUAAAGGGAGCUGGCGUGUAUUGUGCACCUCACGGACAGCGCGGAGCUGUGGUUGGGCGACGUAGGAGGUCACAAGUUCAAACCCCUCAUGGGGCUCUCUCUCUGAACACCCCUGAGCCAGGGACUGGCCCUACAGGGCAGCCGUCAAGGCUGAAGUCUGAGCCCUGUCCCCGCAGACCCCCCUGGAGUGAGGCUCCUGCAGCAGGAAGGGGACUGGUUUUGAGUCUUUGGCCUGGCGUGGCUGGACCAGUGGACAGCGACAGCGGUCAGAGGUUUUCACUUCUCGGAGGGGGGGGCAGGUGGGCCUGACUUGACCACCAUUGGAACUUUGAUUCCCCAGGUGGAUGAUUGCUGCUGUCUAGGCCGGUCGGGAAUAUAGUUUCUGUCUGGGGGGUG